AUGAGUGAUAAAGCCGAAGUCCGGGCCACCAAAGCGUGCGAUUAUUGCAGACUCCGAAAGAUCAAAUGCAUCGCCUCUAGACAUGGCACAGGUUGUGAGGCAUGCUCGCUUGGCCAACUCGAAUGCAGCUAUCUCAUGGUGAGCAAAAGACGCGGGCCAGCGCCGAAGAGGCGUCACAUCGUCGGCGCAGCGCGUGAACCCAGGGCUGAUAUGUCGACUCCACAAUCAAACACACGAAUUGAAACCAGGCUUACGAAUCGGUCAUCUGUCGGCGGCUUGGAUCCUGAUCCACAGUCACGCUUGGUGCAUCGCUUUGUCUUUUGCCCAGUCUUUGAUGCCGUUAUGCAAGACUAUCUCAGUGUGCUCUAUGCACUGAUUCCAGUCGUUCACGUCCCAACAUUUGUGUCGCACCUACAAGAGAGACGGCAUCAUCACGAUCUCACCUUUCAGAUGUUCUGUCUAGCCAUUUCAGCAUGUACAUUUGGCAUUCUUCCUCACAAGUUUGCAGAAUACGUUGACAAAGACGCAAGCACGGGUUUCACGAAUCGAAGGACAGCUAUUGCCGAAAUACACCAUUCUAUCAUUACAGCACGCUCGCCGGCCUACCACGAUGACUUUUCGCAUGAGAAAUGGGCCAUCUCCUAUUUAUUCUCCGUCACUCACGCGCAUCUAGGCCAUCGUAGCAGAGCUAAGAUUCAGUUUGCCGAAUGCAAUACGAUCGUUAAGGAACUCGGACUGCAAAGGAUUGCAAGCUAUCACGAUCUCAAUCACAUCGAGCGCCAGAUCAGGAAAAAAGCUUUCUGGUUGAGCUUCAUAGGAUGGUCACAUAUGAACACUCGAGAGGUGGAUUCGGACUUGACAGCAGAUCGAUCUGAGUUUGAAAUAGCCGACGCUGAGCAUCUCAUGCCUCUAGAGGUCGACGAUGAGUACAUUACAUGUAAUCAAGUUCACCCUCAGCCUGAGGGGAAAUUGUCAGUCGUUUCUGGAUUCAAUGCCCUUAUUCACAUCACCGACUGCUUGGUACCGAUCUUCCCCGACAGUUCAUUAUCCGCUUUAUCGUUCAACACCAGAGAUACAAGAUGUCGUGUCAACCUCGGAACGUGCAAGUGUGGGAGAUACAUCCACAAGGCACCUCUGUUGCCAUCAGUCAUGGCGAGGUUUGUCAAGGCUACUCACGUUCUGGACGACUUACCGUUACAACUAAGUUUUCGGGCUGUUCAGGACACAACUCUAGAUGCUCAAUUCGGAUUCAUGACGGCUAAUAUCCAUGUCACUCAUGUUUGGGUACGGAGCCUCUUACUUGAAAGCUUGAUGACAAUUAAUGGCGCGACUGUUGCUACAAAUUACGACGAGAGCCUCUCCCACAAUCUGCUUUGGACACUACAAGAGGACAUUUGUAAACAACUCACGAAUGUGCUUAACGACAUCCCUGAAGCAAAUCUCAAACCGAAUGGAUACAUUUUGAUUAGUAAAGCGAGGGUAGUCGCUGCUAGUCUGUUGGACAGCACACUUGAGAGGGAUGACAAAACGCUUCACCAAGCUAGAAGGUACCUCCAGAAGUUUGCAGAUGUCCUAGCACGUCUAGAUGAGAGCUAUCGCCACGACGAGACCUCGGAUGUAUGGACAAAUUUUCACGCAAGAUUCUAA